AUGAGCUGGAUGUUCCUCAGAGACCUCUUGAGUGGAGUAAAUAAAUACUCCACAGGGAUUGGGCGGAUCUGGCUGGCUGUCGUGUUCAUCUUCCGUUUGCUGGUCUACAUGGUGGCGGCAGAGCACGUGUGGAAAGAAGAGCAGAAAGAGUUUGAGUGCAACGUUAGACAGCCCGGUUGUGAAAAUGUGUGUUUUGACUACUUCUUCCCCAUCUCCCAGGUCAGAUUUUGGGCCUUACAACUAAUCAUGGUCUCCACGCCUUCACUGCUGGUGGUUCUACAUGUAGCCUAUCGCGAGGGUAGAGAGAAAAGGCACAGGAAGAAACUCUAUGUCAGCCCAGGCACCAUGGGUGGGGGCCUGUGGUACACUUACCUUAUCAGCCUCGUGGUUAAAACCGGUUUUGAAAUUGGCUUCCUGGUUUUAUUUUACGAGCUAUAUGAUGGCUUUCGUGUUCCCUACCUCGUGAAGUGUGAUCUGAAGCCCUGCCCCAACACUGUGGACUGCUUUGUCUCCAAACCCACGGAGAAAACGAUUUUCAUCCUCUUCCUCGUCGUGACUUCAUGCCUGUGCAUUGUAUUGAAUGUCACUGAACUGAGCUUUUUGGUCCUCAAGUGUUUUAUUAAGUGCUGCCUCCAAAAAUACUCUAAAAGACUCAAGUCCUCCAUGUGUGAAUGCCACAACCUCAGGUAUGUUACGUGUGCUGAGCUAGGGGCCCCUCCCCUGCUCCAUAAGCACUCUUCAGACUUGCCCACAAGCAUAGCUCCGGGAGGUGAAACAAAGUUACUCUGUGACACACAAGAGGCUUAA